ACCACCACUAAUAUUCAUAACUACACACACCUACAUUUUCCCUGCAUUAAAUUCUCAAACUCCCUCACAAACACACACAAAAAUGGCCCUCAAAUUCAACUGUAUCCUCGCCGUGACACUCUUAGCCGUGGUGGUCGCCUCCCUCUUCUUCCACGCCUCCGCCGCACUGGGUGGCGGUGGUUUACCAGGUGGUUGGAGCCCUAUAUCUGACACAAAGGACCCUCAAGUGGUCGAGAUCGGUAAAUUUGCAGUGAAUGAGUACAACAAACAGGCUAAAACUAAUUUGGUUUUUAAACGAGUGAAGAAGGGAGCAACCCAAGUCGUCGCCGGCACCAAUUAUCGGCUAGUCAUCUCCGCCAACGACGGUGGUCGUAGCAACAAUAGGUACUUGGCUGUUGUAUGGGAAAAGCCAUGGGAAAAUUUUAGGAACCUCACUUCUUUCAAAAAAUUAUAAGCUUUAUUAAAAACCGUGCGCCAGCUGUAGUCCUCGAAAUAUUAUUUGUGUAUUUGCGUUUUUAUUAUCGUUGAUUAGUGGUUCUCUUUCUUGUCUUUUGUAUACAGUGUAAUUUAGUUAAUUGUACCGUUCUGUUUACCGUUGUCUUCAUAAAGAUAUAAAUGCUGGCUGGUUUUAAUUC